AAGGACCGCCUGGCUGCCUGCCUGACUGCCUGAGUGACUGGCUGAGUGGCUGACUGGCUGCCUGACUAAGUGACUGCAGUGUAGAUGUUUGGUGCUGAUCUGAUCCUCGAGUCUGUUUGCCUCGCGGUGAGAUGGCUGAUCAGGAGGCAAAGGCUUCCAAUCAAUCAGAAGAGAAGAAAGAAGGGGAGUACAUUAAGUUAAAAGUCAUAGGUCAGGACAACAGUGAGAUCCAUUUCAAAGUGAAAAUGACCACACAGCUAAGAAAGCUGAAGGAGUCCUACUGUCAGCGACAGGAUGUACCUCCAAAUUCACUUAGAUUUCUGUUUGAAGGUCAGCGGAUCACAGAUCAGCAAACUCCGAAGGAGCUUGGCAUGGAAGACGAGGAUGUGGUUGAAGUUUACCAAGAACAAACAGGAGGAUGCUUCAGAGUUUAACUAUUAGUCACCAUAUCAAAGUCAUGGUCAUUCAUCUGUAUGAUUUCUUCUUACUUUAUGCUAGGCAGAAGCCCAAUUGGGACAUUCUUUCAUUGUUACUUUGGUACAAAUUAUUUUGUAUAUUAGCCUAAAGUACAAAAAUAUUAAGAAAUACUUUUUUAAAAAAAGAUUUGGGGUUUAUAUCAUUCAUAAAUUAAUUGUACAGACCACGGUGGAAGUACCUUUUGCAACUUGUUGAAGACAAAACGGAUUUCAAAAUGUUUCAAAAAUAUAUAUACUAUUUGCUAAAAACAGCAAAUUUCCAACAGUUGAGCAGCAACUGAGUUAGAAAUAACACAUUUUCAUUUAAUACACUUUCAAUAUGUUGCUUCAACAUUUAAGCCAGGAAAAUUCUCCUGUUCCCUGUCCAAGGUCAGGGGGACAGGAAGUACCAUGCAGAAGGUGAUUUAUAAAGUCAAAGUCUGUUUUAAAGAUGUACAACAGCAUUAGCUUUCGCAUUGAACUCCCUUUGUACUGUAUCAAAAUAGCUUUAUGAAGAAACUGAAUAACUGCACAGGGCUCAUUGUUUCUGAUGUUGUUACUUGUGAUUUAACCUUUUAUCUGCAUAAACCUACGUGUGUGAUGGACCAAACCGCUUGCUUCCAGAAUAAUGUGAACCUACAGUUAAGUUUGUACUAGUAUUUUUCUAAUCUAUGGAAUGAAUAACGUGUUUAAUUUGUAUAGAUUUUUUGCAAUGAAGAUACUAAAAAGGUUUAGAAAAGAGAAAUCAAACAGUGGACAGAUUGUAGUUUAAGGCCCAGUAGUGAAACGGUUAAAUAGAGAUUAUUUAUAUAAGCUGGCAGUGGGAGCCAUUUCAUAUUUGUUUAGUUUUAUUGAUUGUACAUAUGAAUCAAUACAGUUUUAUUUUUAUUUUAAAGUGAGUAUCACACAAUUUACACGUGGUUAUCUACUGUCUUUUGAUUCGCUGCAGGCAGAAUCGCCCCAAAAGUUACAACACAUUUUUGAAAGUAGGAAAAAAGCAAUCUAAUGUUAAACUUUCACAGACUUGUAUGGACUUUGUAUGCAGCAGAGUCUGCUCAACUGGCAGAAAACAAGUUCAUAUCUGUUGAGAAUAGAUGUUGAUAGUGGUGAUUUUCGGACACUGUUUAAAAAUAUAUAUGGGAUGCAGUUUUGAAUUCUCCAGAAAGCACAAAUCAGUCAACAACAACAACAACAAGAUUCCAUUUAUAAAGCGCCUUUCACGUCAGGAGGACGGAUCUGGUACAUAUUAGGAGAGGCAGCGAGCUGCCUGCUGUCUGGCAGUUUACAUUCUACUCCAAUGCAGUUGCAGUUAAGACCACCUUUACAAGAAGUAUGUCCCAUUAGAAUAAUUAGAAGAAAAGAACUGAUUUCUUUUCCCGCCAGUUUGUUCAUGUACCAAUUUUAGUAUAGAAACCAGUGGAAAGAUGCAAUUUCAGUUUAAUAAUAUUUUAAAUCCUGCCCCUUGUUCCUCCGAUGUCUCAGCGAGUCUGUCCACGUUUGAAAAGUAAAUAUAUAUAGUGCUGGAUCAUUAUUUAGUAAUAGUUAAAAUAAAUGUCCUGCCUUUCAGUGAUAUUUAAAAUAA